AGUAUGGAUUCCAAAAGUCCGGCGCUAAUAAGCAACCCACCGAUCUAUAUAAUAGCUCAUUGCUUGUUCUUCAGGUCAGCAUUUUUUGAUACCGCGGAAAACCCUAAUCCUCAACUUUCCCCCAAAUUUCAUCGAAUUCCUAGCGCUUUCUUUCUGCAUCUGCAAAAAUCGACUCUCAAGGAGAAACAGCUUCUGCCGAUCGAUCAAUUGAAUUUGUUUGUUCUCUGUUAGCGGUGGUUGAUGAUGAUAGAACCGAGCGAGACACAGAAGAUGGUGGGCAAAGCCGACCUAAUGAGUCAACAGAGACUCUCCGUUCUCGAUGUUCAGUACCUCUUGGAUGUCUCUUCGAAGCCCGUCGAGAACCAGUUCUUGAAUGAUGUCGCUUCCACCGCGCCGUCUCCCAUCUUCGGCGAACUUUGCUCCUCCGAUUCGGUCUCCUGCGAAGCCUCCCGCUCGGAAUCGGUUGUGAACUACUCAAGUAGUAUUCAAACUACUGUUGUUCAGUCUUCUGUGAGAAGCUUUAUUCCUGCCAAUCGCUCAGGUAGCCACACAGACAAAGGAUGUCGAGAAUCCAAUGAAGAUGAAUAUAUAUGCAUCGAUGAUUUAUCUGCACAUUUGGGCUAUGUAUUUGGAUGCACCAUGCCAAGUGCUUUUUAUGCUGUUUUUGAUGGACAUGGUGGUUCAAAUGCAGCUGCUGCUUUUCUAAAAGAGAAAGCUUUGCAACUAUUUUUUGGGGAUGCCAUCCUGCCUCAAACAUCUGGUAUUAUUAGUGAUGCUUUCUUAGAAGAGUUGGAAAAUUCUCAUCGCAAAGCAUUUCUACUGGCUGAUGAAGCAUUGGCUCGUGAAUGUAGUGUUCCUACUACUUGUGGAACAACGGCACUCACUGCCCUAGUACUUGGCAGACAUUUAAUGAUAGCUAAUGCUGGUGACUGUCGAGCCGUUCUCUGCAGGAAAGGAGUUGCAGUGCAAAUGUCCCAUGAUCACAGGACUUGUGAUUCACUGGAAUGCAAGAGGGUAGAAGAGUCAGGUGGUUUCAUUCUGUGUGGGUACCUUGGCGAUCUAUCAGUUACUCGUUCACUUGGAGAUUGGUAUAUGAAAUGUCCUGUUGGGUCUGUGUCACCUCUGACUGCCGAGCCAGAAGUUGGGCAAAUCAUGUUAACUGAGGAUGAUGAAUUCUUGAUUGUUGCAUGUGAUGGUAUCUGGGAUGUUAUGUCAAAUGAGAUUGCAGUCAGCUUGGUUCGCCGGGCACUAAGGCGUCAUGAUGAUCCCCAGCAGUGUGCAAGAGAACUUGUGAAUGAAGCACUAAGGCUGAAUGCAACUGAUAAUCUCACUGCAAUUGUUGUGUGUUUCACUUCUGUUUGUCCUGUCUCAAAUCCUCGGGGGCCUGGGUUAGGGUGCUUCGGCCUGUCUGAGGAGGGCAGAAAUAGGUUAAGGGGCUUGUUAGAAGGCAACCCAAUUUGAGUUCAAAUCAUGUUGUAGCACAAAGCUACAUGAUGAAGUUUUUGUUUCGGUAAAUUUUGUCUCUGUGGCUGCUUCAGAUUAGUUAGAAAAAGCAGCCAGCAAUAGAAGCACCUAGAUAGGCAUGUCAUGUCCAUUUCGCUGAUAGUGCGUUAGGCUAAAUAGUUUGUGUAACGAAGUUGAGGAUUUUUGUUAA